GGCUCUCAUCGCCCGCCCGGUUGUUCUGCACGGAGAGGGAGUUCAUACGCGGGGAGGGGUGGAGGCGCACCGCACGACUGCUGCCCGAUUUGAACAGUUAUCCCUGAUGAGCGCAGAUUGGUUUCACUUAACAGGCGCAGGUGCGGAGGAUUUGUGAUGCGGCGCAGCUGAGCGUUUUUCCAGGUUUGUGACUGAACACUGGCGCAUCUUAUGUUGAACAUUAACUCUUUAGCGGAUACGGACUUUAUUUUUUUCCCCCCUCCUUCGGGACAGGAUGCGUGCUACAAAAUGACAUCCCGUCCAGUCUGGCAGACUCGAGCCGAAUUCAGGAGCAUCGCUGAAUAAAUUUGGACCCACGCUGAUCAAUUUGACCGCGCUGUCAUUGCCCUGUCCAGCCUAAAAGGCUCUUCUAAAGCUGCAGGGGAAGGGAAAAAAAACAACAUUAUUCGCUUCAGUACUCUUAGGUCUGCGCACUUGGACGACUUGAAAUGAGGACCACAUCCCGGCUGUACUCCGUGUGAAGAGACGAGCCGGGCGGCAGCUUUCCCUUCGGCUCUCAAGGACGCGCCAGAAAAAAGUGGUCCCCCGGCUGAGCGAGCUGCGGAGCAUGGAGCGGGACGACUCCGAAACCGUGUGCCCGUCCAAAAAGACGAUAAUCGCGAAGAUCUUCAAAGUUCGUAAGAGGAGGGAGAUGCUGUUCGUUCAGGUCUGCUUCAUCUGCAGUGUCCUCUUCGUGGCAUGGAGCAUGUCGGCACUGUUAACUAAGACAGGGCAUGGGAUGAUUGUGGAGGGACAUCCAGACCUUGAACACUGGGGUAGAAGACUAAUGGCUUCCAGAUUUGAAAAUGACACGGAGUCAAAGAACUGUUCAGAGCCAGCAAUACACGAGUUCCCCGAUGACCUUUUCACCAAUGACGAACGAAAGAGUGGAGCCGUCCUGCUGCACAUCGCAGCGACUCUUUACAUGUUUCUGGCACUCGCCAUAACUUGUGAUGAAUACUUCGUGACGUCACUGGAGAAGAUCUGUGAGAAACUAGAUCUCAGUGAAGAUGUUGCUGGAGCUACCUUCAUGGCAGCUGGCAGUUCUGCGCCAGAGCUCUUUGCAUCUGUCAUCGGUGUCUUCAUCACCCAUGGAGACGUGGGGGUGGGGACCAUCGUCGGCUCAGCAGUUUUCAACAUCCUAUGCAUCAUUGGUGUGUGUGGAAUCUUCGCCGGACAGGUGGUGUUGCUGACCUGGUGGGCUGUUUUCAGGGACUCCUUCUACUAUAUCCUAUCUGUUAUAGCUUUGAUUGCAUUCAUCUACGAUGAGAAGAUAGUUUGGUGGGAGAGUUUGGUGCUUGUCCUCAUGUAUGCAGGCUACAUCCUGGUCAUGAAAUUUAACUCCAGCAUGCAGCGGUUUUUCAUGGGGAAGUCUAACAAAAAUGUGGCUAAUGGUAACGCUGCAACCAGCAGCGAGAUGGAGGACGGUAAUGCUUGUUUUGACUAUGUUUGGGAUGACGACCCGUCGUCACCUUUACUCUCUCCAGUCAAGCCGAGCAAGGUUUACAGCCGCGGCUCAGUGGUGAUGGUGGAUGAGAUGAUGAAUGCCAGCCCAUCAAAGUUCCGCUUUCCUGAGGCGGGACUCCGCGUCAUGGUUACCAGCCACUUCGGGCCCAAAACCCGCCUUCGCAUGGCCAGUCGGCUCAUCAUUACAGAGAAGUUGGUGCAGGCGUCCAAUGGUGUGGAGACGCAAGUGAUUGAUGGGAAGGUUGAAAUCGAGAACGGAAACGUACCAGAGGACAAACCCACGGAGGCAGAAGAAAACGACACAAUUUCACCGUUUCGUAUUCCAAGGGGCGUGGGCAGCAAGAUCAAGUGGCUGAUCUCAUGGCCUCUGCUCCUGCUGCUGUUCUUCACCGUCCCGAACUGUGCCAAGCCUCGCUGGGAGAAAUACUUCAUGGUCUCCUUCAUUCUGUCCACUGUCUGGAUUGCAGUCUUCUCAUACUUGAUGGUCUGGAUGGUCACUAUAAUCGGCUACACCUUGGGCAUCCCGGAUGUUAUCAUGGGCAUCACGUUCCUGGCUGCUGGCACGAGCGUUCCAGACUGCAUAGCCAGUCUCAUUGUGGCACGACAAGGUUUGGGAGAUAUGGCAGUGUCUAAUACAAUUGGCAGUAAUGUCUUUGACAUCUUGGUGGGACUCGGAGUUCCCUGGGCAUUGCAGACUAUGUGUGUGAACUAUGGAUCAGAGGUGAUGAUCAACAGUCGGGGACUGCUAUAUUCAGUGGUACUUUUGCUGGGGUCUGUGGCACUCACGGUGUCGGGCAUCCACAUAAACAAGUGGCAGCUGGAUUUAAAGCUGGGCAUCUAUGUCCUGGUCUUGUAUGCCGUGUUCCUCUGCUUCUCCAUCAUGAUCGAGUACAACGUCUUCACCUUUGUCAACUUGCCCAUGUGCAUGGAGGAUUAGAGCGCAGCAGCAUGCAACGAUUACCAAAACCUCAAAAACCCACUUUGGCAACCUGAGUUUUUUUUUUUUUUUUUUCUCAAUAAAUUGGACCUAUCUGGCGACUUUUUGUUUUCCCCCUUUGCUUGCAGUCUUUAUUUUUAAAUGUUUAAUAGAAAUCUAAUUUUCUUAUAAGGCAGUGCUUUGUAGCUGUGAACUCUUACGUUUCCAAAUUGCCCAGUCAUCACACAGCACUGGUCUUUUUUGCUCGUUCUUUCAGGCAUCGUCGUCAGCGUCUUAGUUUCUCUGUACGCCUGCUAACUUUUCACCCAUCAAGCAUGCCUUUAGAUGUCGUGGACCUCCAGAAUCAGAAGUGCCCCUUUUUGAUUUCACUGUUCUCACUUUUAGAGUUUUCAGAUCAGAACAGUCUGUUCCACAUCAGGCACUUACUAAACCCAAACUUUAUUAAAUGUUAAGCCAUUGUUAAAAGAUUUGUGAAAUUAUUACGGUCAGGAUUUUCCCCCCUCUCAAACCAAGAAAAGAGGGAAGAAGGUCUUGCGUUGGCAUCUCCCCUCCUUUAGCUCGGACCACACCCCCCAGGAUGGCUUUAGGCAACAGGGAGCUGAUGCUGUUAGUGCUUUACUCCACCCCAACCCUCGCCUGCUUUCCUAAUCUGCUUUCCUAAAGACCUUUUUGUCAGGACACUUUAAUUCAAUAUGUAUCGCAGUCCAGAUCUAGUGACUGUGAUGGUGUUAUGCAUCUGCACCAGUGCACAAUGUAAAUUUGUAAACACUUUUUUUGUAUUUAUUUUUUCAAAAAAAAAAGAAGAGAAGGUUUUGUCUAGUUUGAAAUGUAGAAACGAGCUUGUUGCAAAUAUCAGACAUUGUUCGUCUUUCACUGAAAGCUAAUUGCACAUUGAAAAUGCUUUUCUUGCUCUUUGUGUUGAGAUUGAAACCUCGGAUGCGAGGUGCACCUGGCUAAUGACGGCCCAGCUUUAGCCUUUCUGUUUAUCCUUCUGCACAAAUCAAGAUUGGGAGGGGAAAAAAAAUAUCUCAAUCUGUCAGAUGCAUUUUUUAGUCUUUAUCAAAUGAUACUCAUUCAAAGAUGGCUGCAGAAGGAUGGUAGUUGUGCUCGUUGCAGUGAUGCACCCUGGCCUGUAGGGGGCACUGCAGCCCCUCUUAGUCCAGAGCGGGCAAUCAGUUCCACCAGUUAUCAGGGAAACUAAGAUUGACAGUUUAUGGAGAUGAUGAUCUUGCUUUUUUUUUUUUUUCUUGCGUUGUAUGUAGAUAUUGCACUUUAACAGCUGUCCUCUCAUUCUGAAUCAACUAGUGCUUCCUUCUGUGCGUUUGUACUUUCAGUGUAUACAUGUCGGCGUGACCGUGUGUGUGUGUGUGAAAGAGAAACGGUGUGUGUGUGUGUACGUGCUCAUUCUGGGCUCGCGUCAACUUUCUCAAACUGACUGGAACCUUUUUAACAAUUUGAGCACACCUGUAUCUGUCUGCAGUGCAUGCUGGGACACGAAAACAAAGCGCCUCCACAGCACAGCAAAAGGUCGAGGGCUUCCGGGCAGUUUCUAUGGCUACUGCCUGGCCCUCUUUACAAAAAAAAAAAUGGCAGCUAAGAGCACUGCAAUCCAGACAUUUUGACACGAUGCAAAAAUGCCUGUAAAAAGUCCAGGAGUGGGGGUGCAGAGACUAUUAAAGUUUGUGUGUAUGAAAUGUUUUGUGUUGAGUAAUCCUCCUUGGCCACAUUGUUGGCAGAGGACACUUGUAUAUGCAAUCUAAAUGUAAAGAAUUUAUGUGACAAAGGCCCCUGCAAGGUUACCAUAUAAUGACGGGGCAUCCUGUGGAGAUUUGAUGUCAGUUUGUCUAGUAUUCCUUAAUGUGUGAGCUCACAGGUGUGUGAAUGCUGAAGAACUGUGCACAGAAAAUGGACAUGACUGGAGCAGUGGCUUUGUGGAAACGCUCAUGUUCUCCCGCUUUUAUAUUUUUUUUCUACCUGUGGCUUUCCACUCUGGUACCAGGGCAUUAACUCCUCGCCGGCCCCAGCGGAAGGAGCAGCGGGGCAGGAUGCAGAACGCAUUUGUCUGCCCCCAGGACUCUUUAUUGUACACGGCAGAGCAAGGAAAAUACAAAAUACUGGACCCCUCCUUAGCCUGCCGACCUGCUGGGGUUCAUACGGCUUUGUGACCCCACAGGGCCUACAAACCCCUCCUACUCCUCUGUACAAGACCUCCGGAGCGUAACUUUUUAAAAAAAAUGCUUUCUCAGAAGACUGCAUGGCGGUGCUCAUCUGAAUAGUGUUGCUCCAUUUGGUUAGGUACCGAUUGUCAGGUCAGAGCAUAAUAGUUUAAGAACUUUUUUUGUGUGUGUGUUUUAUUUUUUGUCCUAACUUGAAAAUGUUUUAAAUGGCUGGCAUUUUUGCUCCAAAGUCAUUUGUGUUGGGGAGGGAAGCUCAAAAGAAAGUUGGAUGUCAUGUUUGGAACGUUACAUAAACCAAGAUUGUAUGGACAUGUUGUGUACAAAAUACGCCCACGCACUUGAGGAAGCACAUUAGAGAAGGCAAUUUGACACUAGAGGACUGGUAUCUAUUGAUUGAAUGCGACCUAAUGCACUGUGAGCUCAAUGUGAUGUGGGAGUUGUUUGUCAAGAAAAAAAAAAGAUAAAUAUAUUUGAUGUAAAGUUAGUUACUAUUAAAAUAUUACUGAGGACAUCUGUAUAACUUAUAUGAAUGUAUUGUCUUGCUAUACUGGACAUAUCCAACCAAUGCAUUUUACUGUAAAGCAAUAAUGUGAAGAAAAAAAUAAAAUGACAAAAUGACUCCUA